AUGUCAUUUCUAUCUGAAGGAGAGUUUGAAUCAUUCGAAAUCCCUGAAUUCCCAGAAAAGAAACAACAGCAAUUAAAUGAGAAGAUAGCUGAUGUUGUCUGGCCCAACGAAUUGGAGAAAGAGUAUGGCUGGACUCUGGGAGCUCCUUCCUGGGCUGUCAAGCCUCUGCUUGAAGAGUGGCAAACAUUUGCCUGGGAAGAAUCCCGAACAGAGAUGGCUCAAUGGCAUCACUACCGCAUGAAGAUUGAUGGCUUGCUAAUCCACUAUGUCCAUGAACGAUCCUCCAACCCCAGCGCCGUUCCCAUUGUCUUGCUACAUGGCUGGCCGUCGACAUUUUACGAGUUCCACAAGCUAAUCAAUCCACUCCGAGAUGGAAUUCGUGGCAAUCAAGCAUUUCACGUCAUUGUGCCAAGCUUACCAGGAUUCGGGUUUUCAGACGCGCCAAAGGAAAGGGGUUACGGUGUCGCCAAAAUGGCAAGUACAAUUAAUGCGUUGAUGAUUCAUUUGGGGUACGACAAAUAUAUGUAUCAUGGCGGCGACUGGGGCGCUAUCAUAGGCAAGUGGAUUGCCACGCGUCAUAGCGACCACUGCAAGGCGUAUCAUACGAACUUACCAAUGAUCUUGCCGCCUCUUCCAACGCCAAGAAACUUGAUAUUCUAUCCAUUCAAGGUAGUCAAGUUCUUUUCCAGUUUGCUGCUAGGGUUUGAUAAUGUGUACGGUGCUGGCAAGACGGUACUGGGAGGCGCUACAUUUGCAAAUGCUGAGCGAAAUAGGGAUUGCGGCUAUCGCAGCAUUCAGGGCACCAAACCCUAUACACUGGCCUACGGACUGAGUGAUAGUCCAGUGGGAUUAUUAGGAUGGAUGUUGGAAAAGUACCAUGAUUGGACAUAUCAUCCAGUGGAAAGACAGGAAACAGAAGCAUUACCUCAAACCAUCAGUUCCAAAGAAUUCUUGACCCAAGUUACUCUUUACUGGCUUACAAAUACAAUGUCAUCUUCGAUUCGUAUAUACUAUGAAUGCUUGCAUCAAAAUGAAAUGAUCAAGGUUGUGCUGCCUCGUGUCAAGAUUCCAGUCGCUGUCUGCGCGUUUGCUCAUGACAUCUCCAAGAUGCCCAGAGACUGGUUGGAGACAUCAACAGACCUUCAACAAUACAAUGAAAUGAUUUCUGGCGGCCAUUUUCCUGCAUUAGAAGAGCCUGACAUGUUGAUUGAAGAUUUGCAGCAAUUUGGUAAAAAGAUCAAGCAACAAAACAAGCACUUUUAA